AUGGUCUGCCGGCUGUCGGCUCAUGUAGGCUUCCCUCCUCUAGAGAACCUGGCUAACCAGGCCGACAGGGACCAGUAUGAGCUGCUCUGCAGAGAAAACACCCGGAUGCCUGUGGACGCGUACAAGGGGUGCCAUCUGGCCCGGGUCCCUUCCCAUGCCGUCGUGGCCCGAAGUGUGGAUGGCAAAGAAGACUUGAUCUGGGAGCUUCUCAAUCAGGCUCAGGAACACUUUGGAAGAGACAAGUCAGCAGAAUUCCAACUCUUCUACUCUCCUCAUGGGAAAGACCUGCUAUUUACAGAUGCCACCACUGGGUUUUUAAGAGUCCCACCUAAGAUGGAUGCCAAGCUUUACUUGGGAUAUGAGUAUUUCUCGGUUAUUCAGCAUCUGGGGAGAGGUGUGUAAGGUCCUGGGGAGGCCUGGAGAGCUUGGGCAUAGGGAAGGGCGGGGCCGUGGAGGUUUUCCUGGGGCCUGCAAGCCCCACCUCACCCAACCCACACUGGCCUGCGGGGUUCAAGGGAGGGCCAACUGCGCUGGGUUCUCGUGGGGAUGUUCUGCUGAACUUGGGAAAAGGCCUGAACCUGGGGCCACAAAAGGUUUGAAAGACCUUCAGAUUACACGUAACUUAAGUAAUGAAGGGGGCUUCGCUCAUAGCUCAGUUGGUAAAGAAUCUGCCUGCAAUGUAGGAGAUCCCGGUUUG